AUGUGACUUUUGGCAUAAACAGGAAGCAGCUGAUCGUCACCUCACUGUCUGUUUUUAACAAGUAACGUGUGCAGCCGUUUUUACAAAAAGGAGCAAAAGCAGUAGUCGAAAGUUGCAUGAAGAUAAUUAACUGGUGUAUUUCUUCGAGUGAUCGUCCUGGUGAAAGUGUUUGUUCCGCAGACAGCUGCUGCAAUCAGACUGAAGUCAUCUGACCUUCAGCUCAGAAAAAAACUCGUGUCUGCUGAGGGGGAUGUCAAACACAGCAAUGAAGAAAAAGGUACUUCUGAUGGGGAAAAGUGGGUCUGGAAAGACCAGUAUGAGAUCAAUCAUCUUUGCCAAUUACAUUGCUCGGGACACACGUCGUCUUGGAGCUACAAUUGACGUGGAACACUCCCAUGUUCGCUUUCUUGGUAAUCUAGUUCUAAACCUUUGGGAUUGUGGAGGACAGGACACAUUUAUGGAGAACUACUUCACCAGUCAGAGGGACAACAUCUUCAGAAAUGUUGAGGUUCUUAUUUAUGUAUUCGACGUUGAGAGCCGUGAGCUGGAGAAAGACAUGCACUACUAUCAGUCGUGUCUGGAAGCCAUUCUGCAGAACUCCCCUGAUGCCAAAGUAUUCUGUCUUGUGCACAAAAUGGACCUGGUUCAGGAAGAUCAGAGAGAUUUGAUUUUCAAAGAGCGAGAAGAAGACCUGAAAAGGCUUUCCAGACCUUUGGCUUGCACAUGUUUUAGGACGUCAAUCUGGGAUGAAACUUUAUAUAAGGCCUGGUCCAGCAUCGUGUACCAGCUCAUCCCAAACGUCCAGCAGCUGGAGACAAACCUGAGAAACUUUGCUCAGAUCAUAGAAGCAGAUGAAGUCCUCCUGUUUGAGAGAGCCACUUUUCUGGUGAUUUCCCAUUAUCAGUGCAAAGAGCAGCGUGAUGCUCACAGGUUUGAGAAGAUCAGCAAUAUUAUCAAACAGUUCAAACUCAGUUGCAGUAAACUUGCAGCCUCCUUUCAGAGUAUGGAGGUGAGGAACUCUAACUUUGCAGCUUUCAUUGACGUCUUCACCUCAAACACAUACGUCAUGGUCAUCAUGUCUGACCCCUCCAUCCCGUCUGCAGCCACUCUCAUCAAUAUCCGUAAUGCUAGGAAACACUUUGAGAAGUUGGAGCGGGUGGAUGGACCGAAGCACAGCCUGCACAUGCGAAUGCGCUAGCCUUUUGCUUCACUGCACGGCGAGAGCCUCGGCCAAUCAGUUGACAGACGGAGCGCAGACCGCAUGCCACAGUCCUGCAGCUCCCAUAAACAUGAGCAGCCCGGCAUCGUUUCUUCUUUAGGCUCACAUCCAAUCACAGGUCGUCCCGGGAAAAAAAUACAAUAUUUUUCUUUAAGUUUUAGUUAUCUGAAGUGUUUUGAAGAGUAUCGAAGUCUGUGGAGAAAGAAAUUUGUUCUGCCUUGACAUAUUAAAGAAAAAACAUGUGUUUACUACAGAGGCGACGA